UAGUUAAAAUAUUUUUAUUCCGUUUUCCGUUUAAUUUCCGUCAAAUUGUGAGAGUUGAAAUGAAAAAUAAAUUCGUGUUCAAUGAGGGCAAUCAGAUCAACCAAAUAAUAUGCGCCAUUUUUAUCAACAUCCCGGCGAUAUCAUACGGCACAACCAUAGGAUGGAUGUCUCCGAUGACGCUUUUAUUACAGUCAAAGGAUACGCCCACUGAAGUCCCGCUCACGGAUAUUGAGAUAUCAUGGAUAGCCUCACUUCCGUAUUUAGUAUGCGUACCGGCAAACUAUUUGGUUGCAUACGUUGGGGAUAGAUUUGGAAGAAAAUUGUCGAUAAUAUUCAUGUCAACAAUGUGCGCGGCAUGUUGGAUAUUAAAACUGUCUUCAUAUAACAUCUGGGCGUUCCUUGUAGCGAGAUGUUUGGCGGGGAUCGUAAUGGCAGCCAGUUGCGUCAACUGCCCAGUUUAUACAAAGGAGGUUUGCGAUAACAAUAUCAGAGGGGCUUUAGGAUGUAUGUUGGCAUUAUUCUUCACCACUGGUAGUCUGUUUACUUAUAUAAUUGGUGAUCUGUUCAGUUACCGCACAGUUCUGUGGAUCUGUUUAUCCAUACCUGUGUUCCAUUUGAUAACAUUCACAUUGAUGCCGGAAUCACCAUCGUAUUUAGUGAAGAUUGGUAAAGAAGAGGAGGCAGCAAAAGCGUUAUCUUGGUUAAGACGAAGAGGCAAAAAUCACUACACGAUACAAAACGAAAUUGAAGCUUUAAAGAAAGAACAAAAAAAUGACAUCGACGGAGACAAAUUUCUAUUAAAAGCAAUCCUGAAGGAUAAGAUUUUGUUCAAGGCGUUUCAAAUAGCAUUAAUGGCGGCAUUAGCUAGGGAAGUAUGUGGCGCUGUUCCCGUGUUGAACUUCGCUGGUGGAAUAUUCGCUAUGGCUUCAGAAGGCACAGGCUUGAUACUUUCGCCCAAUCAACAAGCGAUGAUGCUGGGAGUCGUUCAGUUAACGGGCUCUUUACUCGCUUCAAGUGUCGUAGAAAAAGUUGGAAGAAAGGUCUUAAUGGCUGGCACUUGUCUUAUAUCCGGCCUGAGUAUGUUCGGCUUGGCGUCCUGGUUCCUGGCUAGAGACUACUCGUACUUCGCGCCUGCUUGGAUCCCGGUCUUCACUCUAUGCUUGUGUAUUCUAUGCGAUGCGUCUGGGUUACAACCUAUUUCUGUGGUCAUCACUGGAGAGAUAUUUUCAUUCAAGUAUCGUGGAUCAGUUUUAGCCACAACAAUGGCGAUAGCAUCGUUAGCUGAUUUCCUUCAGCUGUUAUACUUUAAACCACUGGCCAGUUCUAUCGGUGUUCACUACGCCUUUUAUUUCUUCAGUUUUAUGUGCCUUAGUAGUGCACUGUACACUAUUAUUGUUGUACCAGAAACUAAGGCACGAGAUCUUGAAGACAUUUAUGAUGAUUUGAGGGGAAUAAAGAGGAACGAAAAGAACAAAGAAAUAUCAACAAUUAGUAAUAGUGUUUGAAGUCGAAUUAAUUAUAAAUAUGUGAAUUUAAGUAAAUGAAUCUGUUUCCAUCAUUUUUAUAUUUCAAUGGCUCCUACGUAAACUAUCGUAGGGUUGAAAGUCAAAAUUAUGCAAAUCAUCAUCUCCCCUGCCUUAUCCUACUCCCGUA